GAUGACUUCCUGCCGAAUUGUGUGAAACAACGCAUACAUAUGCCAAUUACCAGCGCUUUCUCUGAAGCCAGUGAGCUUGCCUUCAACGCCCAUCCGAUAUGGGAAACAACUAUAUCUUCUCCCUUACGCCAACUUUCACUCAAGGCCUCGUGCUAGGUCAACUCUCAAUCUUGGUUCUCCUCGCGCUUGUCCUCAAAUACCUAUUUUUCAUUCCUCCUGAAAGUGAGACGGAAACCGUCCCAUUCCAUCCUCUGUCAAAAUCAAACCCUUCGUGGCAUCAAGACGUGAAGGAGGACGAUAAAGACAGUGUUCCAGAACAGGAGUCAGCACAUUGGUUCAAUAUACUCGCAAGGCAGGUUGUGGAAGUGUACAGAGCUAAGCUUCAGAACAACCUUACGGGAUACGAGGGAAUUGAGGUUGCCCGCAGGAAAAUUGAGGACCACGCGAAUAACUUGCGUCCACGCGGAUUUCUAGACCAUAUCACAGUACACUCUGUGGACCUAGGAAUGUCUGCGCCCAAGUUGUCCAACGCACGGGUUGUGAAUGACAACGAUGGGGACUCCGCUCCGACGACAAUCGAAUUCGACAUGUCAUAUACAGACACCAUUUCCGUCUCACUUUCUACGUCCUAUUUGUUUAAUUACCCCAUGUCUUCGUUUGCUCGGCUACCUGUUUCACUCACAAUAUCUUUAUCUCUGUUCGAGUCAAAAGUUACUUUGGUUCCUCCGUCUCCUGCAUCAGCUGCCCCCGUUUUGACCAUAUCGUUGCCACAAGACUUUACUCUCAACCUUAAGACAACGUCGCUCAUGGGGAGCCGAGCAAUGCUCAGGGACGUGCCAAAACUUCAUGAGUUGAUUGAAUAUCAGGUCAGGAAAGUCCUAGCCCUCCGAGGAACAGUGGAAAGUUAUUCUACCUGGUAUGGGAAGCUUGGCUACCGUUCAACAGGAGAUAGAAAAAGAACAGGCUGCUUCCAAAGAGCAGGGCUGAUGGUGGAGGGAGUAUUUAUUCAUGCUAUUCUACAACUGUGUAAUCAUUUCACUCGUUCUAAUAAUCACCGAUAUUAACUCGAAGCUGCUGAUGAGCUCAGUCGAUUCCUAGGUUUGCUGAGUGAAGACAAACGUGGCCCAGG